UUUGGUUCUUUAUAUACAACAGCAGUGAUUGGCGACAGAAUGACAGUGUUUAACGACCAAAUGGCAGCACAGCACAUGCGUUUGUGUGCUCCCCCCAGUAUCACAAUACUUGCUAUCUGGGUUUUAAUACACAUGAUUGUGACAGUAAGGUCUGUUUGCCUAUCUGAUGCCUUAUCAUUCUAUGCUAGUGACAAAGUUUGUGGAUUCUACAGGACAGAUUUUGCCGAUGUUUUUAUACUAAAUAGUAAUAAGGAAUGUUUGAUUAAAUGUUCCGUUGAUUCCCGACCAUCAUAUGAGAAAAUGUCUUCAAGGAAACAUGAACUAACGAAAAUGACGAUUAAUUUUGUUUCAACAACACAUCGAGGACCAGCAGUUCUUAAGAAAUGGUGUCUCACUUAUUUACCAACUAAUACGGAGAUUGAUAUCACCUGUAAGCGACAAGAAAGGCAAAAUAAGCGAUGUGAUAAUGACACCCAAUGUGCUUAUUUGGAUCAUUCCACAUGUAACAAGACAAGCGGACUAUGUCAGUGUGUGACAGGGUACUACCAUCUGUGGGAAACGAACACCUGUGUUACAGCACAAGGAAUAGGAGAAUCAUGCAACGCCUCAAUACAAUGUAAAGCUAAGACGCCGUAUUCCAUUUGUGACACCGAAAAAAAAUGUGGAUGUCAACAAGGUUACCUAGAGCUUAAUAACUCCUGCUCACCAGGGCGACACCUAAACGAUACGUGUACUGAUUCUACUCAAUGCUCAGCAGCCACGUCUAACGCCAUCUGUAGGUCAGGAGUUUGUGAGUGUACGGAAGGCCACCUGGCUAUAUCAAACAGAUGUAUAAAUGAUCGACGUUUGGGUGAACAAUGUGAAGACCACAUACAAUGCAAAGCAGCAACCAGACACUCCAUGUGUAACAAAGACAACGAAUGCAGUUGUCAGGAAAGAUAUGUAGAAUUGAAUGAUUCUUGUGUGUCUGUACGCAGACUAAAAGAAUCGUGUGAUGCACCCAUCCAGUGUUCUGAAGCCACAGCUAACUCAUUAUGUAACAAGAAGACUGGGGUCUGCGAGUGUAUCGAAGGUCACCUUGAGAUAUCAAACACUUGUUUAAGUGUUCAGAUUUUGUUAGACGAAAUUCGCAAAAACUACGUCAAUUGCACGUAUUCCUCUGGUGGCUGCAAAAAAAAUGAAAGUGAGAGGGUGUACAUCAGUAUCACUAAUAAAUCUUUGAAACACCUGGAAAAAAGUAAAGUCUAUGCGAUUAAAAAGAACGAUAACUCUAGUCUUGUUAGCGGCAUUGGAGUGGCCUGUUUCUUAUUAGGAGCUGCUAUAGGUGGAUUAGUUUACUUAAUCAUUGCUCGGAAUAGAAGGAAAGCUAAACUAAGAUCGAAAACAUCCAGCGAGGACGCUACGGAGCAACUGUCUGUCCAGGUUUCACAGCAAAUGAAUUCUCGACCUGUUUACAACAACGAUAUCAGAGACAAUGAAGAAGGAAAUGAUGUCUACAUUCACCUUCACCAAGACCCUUUUGAGGUCGAUGUACAGUCGGACUAUGAUCACGCUCCUCAGCAAAUGACUGCGGAGGAUGAUUACAGUCAUAUGAACACCUGUAACAAAACUCCCGUACAUGAACCUGACGAUUACGGAGAGCUUAAUUAAAACAAAAUCCACGCCUCUCGUGGGGGAACUGGCUUUUUAACAAAUAAACCGCAGUUGGAAGGUUUUACAUGUAUUCACUUUUAGAUUUGCAGAAUUUUUAUUUAUUUAUUCAUUUUUUUAGCUUUUCAUUCCUUUGACUACGUAGGGAAAUGACAAAUUUUCAUGUAAACUAUGUGGGUUUUUUUUAUAUUAAAGAAUGAGAGAAAGAGUCAGAGAGAUAGUAAAAAAAAAUAGAUAUGUUAAUAUAUUAUUUAUCUGUUAUUAUGAUGUUAUACAAACAUAGCAAGAAAUUGACCCAAACAAUAGAUAUUUUUUACGAAAGAAAUGAAUGUAUGGUUGGGUAGUGUGUUUGGUUGAGACGAAGAAGGAAAAUGAAGUUUUCAUUUUUUAGUUUAAAUAUUGUAGAACUCAGAAUUUCGAAAGUUUAUUUCUAAAAAGAAUUAUUGGUCCUUAAGUGGAUCUGAUUGGUUACUUUUUGACCUUCUUUCCUCUGUGUGUGAAUAAUAAAAAUAAAAUAAAUAAGAAUAAAAUGUGUAAAAACGUUACGAGGAGUACCUUAAAAUUUAUUUUCAAUUGCCAGAAUCAUUCUAUAGAUAUUCUUCAUUGCUUUUUAGAAUAAUUUAUUUUUGUUGAUGAUUUGUUUUCUCAAGUAUUGAUAUAAUUUUAUAGUAGACACCAAACCAUGCAAAACAAAAUGACAUCUGGCGUACAUAUUGAAAGAUUAAGAUAGGGCAACUAACGCUUUUGUAAAUCUUAGUCGGGGGGGGGGGGGGGGGG